CUCCCUCUCUCCACGCACGCGCCGGCCACCGUAUAUCUACCUCCCCCUCCCCUCCCCUCUCCCGCUGUCUCCCCCGCCUCUCCUCCCCUCUCCGCUCCGCUCCGAAUCUGACAAGUAACAAUUCAGAAGAAUAUGGCGAUGCCAUACAAACCAAAGAACAUCCUCAUUACGGGAGCUGCUGGCUUCAUUGCCUCCCAUGUCACAAACCGUAUUGUCCGGAGCUACCCUGAUUACAAGAUUGUUGUCCUUGACAAGCUCGACUACUGCUCUAAUCUGAAGAACCUGCUCCCUGCCAGCUCGUCACCAAACUUCAAGUUUGUCAAGGGCGAUAUUGCAAGUGCUGAUCUUGUUAACUUCCUUCUUGUCACAGAGAAUAUUGAUACUAUAAUGCACUUUGCAGCCCAGACACAUGUUGACAAUUCAUUUGGGAACUCCUUUGAGUUCACCAAGAAUAACAUUUAUGGCACUCAUGUCCUUCUUGAGGCCUGCAAGGUCACUGGACAGAUCAGGAGGUUCAUUCAUGUUAGCACUGAUGAGGUUUAUGGGGAGACCGAUGAGGAUGCAGUGGUCGGCAACCAUGAGGCAUCACAGCUGCUCCCAACAAACCCUUAUUCAGCUACCAAAGCUGGAGCAGAGAUGCUUGUUAUGGCAUAUGGAAGAUCCUAUGGUUUACCUGUUAUCACUACUCGGGGGAAUAAUGUGUAUGGCCCUAAUCAGUUUCCAGAGAAGCUUAUCCCAAAGUUCAUUCUCCUGGCUAUGAGAGGAAAGCCCCUCCCAAUUCACGGUGAUGGAUCCAAUGUCCGGAGCUACCUCUAUUGUGAGGAUGUUGCUGAGGCAUUUGAGGUCAUUCUUCAUAAAGGAGAAGUUGGACAUGUUUACAAUAUUGGUACAAAGAAAGAGAGAACGGUCCUUGAUGUGGCAAAGGAUGUUUGCAAGCUUUUUAAUCUGGAAGCUGACAAAGUCAUCCAAUUUGUUGAUAACAGACCAUUCAAUGAUCAGAGGUACUUCUUGGAUGAUCAGAAGCUCAAGAACCUUGGGUGGUCUGAGCGCACUACAUGGGAGGAGGGCCUGAGGAAGACAAUGGAAUGGUAUGUUGCCAAUUCUGAUUAUUGGGGUGAUGUUUCUGGUGCAUUGCUGCCUCAUCCAAGGACAUUGAUGAUGCCUGGUUCUGAGGGAUCGGAGGAAAUUAAAGGAAUGAUUAAUCAGUUUAAUAGUAAUCAGACAAAGAUGGUGGUUCCAACAUCAAAGGUGGCAUCUCCAACGCAUCCUUUCAAGUUCUUGAUUUAUGGCCGGACAGGAUGGAUAGGUGGACUUCUUGGAAAAAUAUGUGAGAAGAAGGGAAUUCCAUAUCAAUAUGGAAAAGGUCGCUUGGAAGAGCGCUCUUCACUCGUCCUGGAUAUCCAGACUAUUAAGCCAACACAUGUCUUCAAUGCUGCUGGUGUCACUGGCAGACCCAAUGUUGACUGGUGUGAGUCUCACAAGCCGGACACCAUACGCACCAAUGUUGUGGGCACCUUGACUUUAGCGGAUGUGUGUAGGGAGAAUGGGUUGUUGAUGAUGAAUUAUGCCACUGGGUGUAUUUUUGAAUAUGAUGCAAAUCAUCCUGAAGGAUCAGGCAUUGGCUUCAAGGAAGAGGAUAAACCAAAUUUUACUGGUUCAUUCUACUCUAAGACCAAGGCAAUGGUCGAGGAAUUGUUGAAGGAGUAUGACAAUGUCUGCACCCUACGAGUCCGGAUGCCUAUAUCCUCUGACCUCAGCAAUCCGCGGAACUUCAUCACAAAGAUCAGUCGCUACAACAAGGUGGUUAACAUCCCAAACAGCAUGACUAUACUAGAUGAGCUUUUGCCGAUUUCAGUUGAGAUGGCAAAAAGAAACCUGCGGGGAAUCUGGAACUUCACCAACCCUGGCGUCAUUAGCCACAAUGAGAUUUUAGAGAUGUACAAGAAGUACAUUGAUCCCAGCUUCAAGUGGUCCAACUUCACACUUGAAGAACAAGCUAAGGUCAUUGUUGCUCCUCGGAGCAAUAAUGAGAUGGAUGGCACAAAGCUGAAGGAUGAGUUUCCUGAGCUGCUAUCGAUCAAAGAAUCCUUGGUCAAGUAUGUUUUUGAGCCAAACAGGAAGGUACCAGCAAAUUGAAACCAGCAGCAUAGCUGGUAUAGAAAAUAUACCGACCAUUAUAAGCCUGUAGGAAUCACUCAUCGUCGUAAUGCAUCAGAAUGUUUUCUCCACGAUACUUACCAGCAUACCUUAUAUACCACGAUACUUACCAGCAUAUCUUAUAUAGCUUUACAGUAGCAUUUAAACUAUAUAUUUGGCAAUCUGUUGUCGGCAACAAGAUAUUGCCCAAUUUGUUGUAGUGACUACUUGAUAUGUUAAAUCUGUUCAGCUUGUGUGUACCACAAUUGUUCUGUCCAGAAAUGAAUCUCCUACCCCUUAUGGUGUUCCUCAA